ACGAAAUUUAAAAAAUGUGAAAACAAAUUUAGUUUUCAAACAUCUGCCAGGUUUUCGUCGAUAAGCACGUAUAAUAAGAAUCAAUCAUGAAUUUACAAGAAGCUGUGACUGAGUUCAAUGGUAUUGUAUCUCGUCUGAAGCCAGAGAUAUUGCCUUUAUUUCUAGUGAAGCUGAAAAAUUCUUAUUGCUCAGAUAGCAAUCUGUCUGAGAUGUGUUCCUCAAAUGAAGAUAGGAUGAUGGCGAGUAUCCAGACUGACAUCAGGAAACUUGUCCCACUUGAUGCACUUGCCCCUGGAGAAACUCUUGUCCCACCCGGAGCUCAGAUUGAAGACUGUGAUGCUGCUACAUCACUUCAUGUUGAUGCAUUUCUAUAUGACGAAGACACACUUGAUACUUUGGUGGAUGAAGGAAAAAUUAGUCGCAAUUUUUGUACAAAAUGUGGCUCACAUGAAGUCAAGCCUCUGACUUUUUUAUCUCACUCUGCGUCUUUGCAACAGGUCAAGUUUAUUUUUCAACAUCUUGUGCCUCGACUGGAGGGGAAAACUGUGUUAGACAUCGGCUCAAGACUAGGGGCAGUCCUCUAUGGGGCUUACUACUAUAGCUCAGCUAGCAGGAUUAUCGGUGUUGAAAUGAACGAAUUCUUCCAUGGACUUCAGUCCGAUGUAGUUCAACGAUACAACAUGAGUGAUAGGGUCUCUGUGAUUUGUGCUGAUAUAUGUACUCAAUUAGAAGCUAUUCAAUCAGCGGAUGUGGUCAUUAUGAACAAUGUCUUUGAGUUCUUUGCUUCAAAAGAUAUCCAAUCAAAAAUAUGGGGACUCUUAUAUGAGAACAUCCGCAAAAAAGGAACAAUUGUGAUUACAUCUCCCUCCCUAGAAGAAUCACUGUACAAACUAGGUAUCACAAUUGAUAUAGGAACAUGGUUAAAACCCAGUCCAAUGGAGGAGUAUCUAGCUGCUGGGAAUUUUAUAUUAUUUGGUAGUGAAGAUUCAGAUGAUAGUGAUUUGGCCAAUAUCCAUAUGUACAGGGUACUGUAG